GCCCCUGAGGAGAGAACAACAAAGUCCCGCGCCGGUGGAGCUCUUGACACCAUGGCCGCGGGGUGAACUGUGACAGCUGAUGCCAAUAUGAUGAACGACAUCAUGGAGGAACCGGAGAAGGACACCCUGCUUGAAGCGCAGCCGAAGCCACAAAUUGUGUCGGUCCCCAGUAACGGCACGAGACCUAAGGCCGCGGAUGGAGGGAUCCGGCCGCCGGAGAAAAGAGGACCUUACAUCAUGUCCAGAGCACCGGCCAUCCACCUCAAACUACAGAAGCACAGGGAGAUGGCGAGGAAGGCACUGAAGAGGAAAGUCCUCUCACCAGGACCGCUAGUGAUGCAUCAGCCAAGGACGGUGAAGUAUAACAAGGGCUACGCUGCUUUGAGUCAGCACGCUGAGGACACUUUGGUUGCCAUGGACUCAGACAGCGAUGAAGAGAUCGAUUUUGAGCAGUAUUCCUCAGGAUACUCUUCAGCCGAGGUCCAUCCUGAUUUAAGCAAGCAGCUUCUCCAGGACGGCUAUCGCCUGGAUGAGAUCCCCGACGACGAGGACCUGGACCUGAUCCCGCCCAAAGCCAUGGGCUCCUCGGUGUGCUGCUGCUCCGAGGGCCCGUCCUGCUCCCUGCAGUGACGCCCGGUGCCGUUACUCCAACCGUAUACAAAGGCGUGGCACCAGUUCCUGUCCCUGUCUUUAGUCACCGGGGCCAGAGGCCCCCGGUCUAAUCCAGCUGCACCGCUAUGCUGCCUGAGGACUUCCAGCUCUGAAGCCAAACUCCCCGCUCCUGCAGGACCACGUGCACGAGACCGCUCGGCCCACGCUCGGAAAGAAGGAGGAAAACGCCAACGGGACAUAAGAACAAGCCUUAUUCACUGUGACCCCAAAGUUUGACCGAUUUUUCUUAUUAUCAAAUUUUAUUGCAAUGCUUACUAUGCCCGUGCUCCAAGUAAAGUGGGCGUGCACAUUAUGGGAUGCAUCCUCAUUGACCCAGUUGGGAGAUGGUUACUGUUGUUUCCAGUUAUUGACUAACUAUGAUCAUUCCCUGACUCUUGUUGCAUUAACUGGAUGUUUAUUUGUUUUUCUUUAAUGUAUCUGUCCUAAAAAAAAAUGACACAGUAUAACAAAAAGAACAACUUUAAUGAUGUGUUUUUAAAUUUUUUAUAUGAAGCGAAGCACUAAAUGGAACUGGGUCGUCAGAUGAUUGAGUGAAACCACUUCAUUUAUUUUUAGCACACGUGCAAUUGUUAUUAUUUUCUUAGCUCAUUUUUGCUAUCUAGAUAAGACGCCUGUUUUAGGAUUAUCUUUUGCUCCACCCAUAUUAUUUGCACUGUCCGAGAAGACAAAGACUUUUUACAAGCUUUGGUUGAGCAAACGGCUAAAUACCAAGAAAAAGUUGUCCAGCCAAGUGAUCCAAUGUUUGUAAGAAUACCAAAUGUUACACUGCUGUGUCUGGCACAACAUAACCAAGCAGAUGAGUUACCAAGUGCUUUGAGUUACACUCUGUAUUGUAGAAAUGUUUUAACAUCCAGAAUGCUGUUGAAAAAAAACUGUUACAAAACAAGAUUUAAAGAGCAAAUUAUAUUUAAGAUCCUCAUGGAAGUGAUCUUGUCAUCUUAUGAUAUUUGUGUACAUGGUUAGACGUCGAUAUGUUUCUCAUUUAAAUCCCCCCUUUUUGUUUUCAAUUUUUUUUAGAUUGGAUGGGAAGAAUUCAAAAAUAGAUUUUAUUGAUUACUUGUUCUGUGUCAUCUUAAUCACAUCAAUAGUGUGUGGGGGACAGAUUUAGGGUCACAAUAUUGUAUUUAUUUAUUGAUGAGUAUUCAUCGGGGACACUAGACGUAGCUACAGCUCAAAGCCAGUUUAAACCGCAUAAGGAUUAAGGCAUUUUUGUUCACUUGUUAUUUUUGUAUCAUAUUUCCUCAAAUUCAGUUUGUGUAUGCAUUAUUUCCUGUUUUUUGUUGUUAUGUGUCUGUUACAUGUGCUGGAGAUGGCUUUUUUUUCUUUUUCUCCACUUCUAACAACAACAAUGUAUGUGUUCCCUCUUAUUGCAGUCUGGGUCACAUCUUUUGUUUUUUAACUGCAUUAACAAAAUCAGAGACAGUCAUCAUUUUCAGGAAAUGGAUUUUGUGUGCGAGUAUGAGUGAGCAACCAGAAAGUAGUUUGCCUUUUUCCACAAAUGAGUCAAGUACACAGCGACUUUGAAUUGAUCGCUGUUUUAGUGCGUCGAGGUCAGGAUCGAUGUGCGGCUGCUGUUUUACGUACCUGCAGGCCACUCUGGCUGUCACGAGGCGGGACAAGUCCUAUAAAUUAAAAGGUAGAGCUGGCGACUUGGCCACCGUAAAGAAUUGCAAGAACUUAAAAGAGUAUGACAUUUUGUGAUGGGGGGGGGGAUAGAAACCCUGAUUCGUACUUCCGAGAAUCGGGGUCUGAGGAAAGUGCGAGGUGUUGAGUCAGUUUCUCCUCGGCGCAGUCCGUAGUGGGUGACUUGGAGAUAUAAGCCGAUUCUGCUGUUACACUUGAGUGUGAGUCACUUGAUACAAGUGCAAGGUAAAUGCUCUAAAUGCAAAAGCUGUAUUUAAAGUGUACUGACCCCCCCCCCCCCCCUGGCUCUGACUGCACAAUGUUUCUCUGGACUCAAAUAUUGCACUUAACACCAGUGGUCAGGAGCAAGUACACUUGACUCACCUCUACUAUGCAACUAUUGGGACAAUCUGCUUGUUUUACAACAUUGUGACUGUGUUAUUGAGUGCUAAAUGCAAUAACUCAGUUAUUUUAUGAUGGUAAACACAAAUCAGUUUUUUCUUUCUUUGAUUGUACUGUUUAUUGGUUUACAUUAUUAAAAUACAGCUAUUAUCUAUA